AAAAAAUUCGGUCGACUUUUCGAAGGGCAUUCCGUUCGUGCACAUCAACAAUAGAAAGACGAUGCAGAGGAAACGUCCAAACUACCAAGUGAUAGAUGGAGUUGCGAGGUGCCCCGGUAUCACUCUCGACAAGCUAAGCGAGACACUCGACUUCAGGGCCAAAGAGGGAGACCUCGUCCAAUCAACGUUCCCGAAGAGUGGAACGAACUGGCUUAUGUACAUCACGCACUUAAUCCUCAGAGAAGGAGAACCGAUGACAAAGUACCAAGAUUUUUGCAAGGAAUGGCGCUUCAUCGAGUACAUGAACAUCAAGGACUUCACCUCGCGUUUGCCUUUGAGGACGUUCGUCACGCACUUCGCGUUGGACAAACGCACGAUGACCGCGGAAGGCAAGUACGUAUAUAUGGCACGCAAUCCGUGGGACCUCUGCGUGUCCUUCUACCACAUGGCGAGCACGCUGUACAUGUACCAUUUCCGAGAUGGCACGUUCGAAGAUUUCGCCGACACCUUCGUAAGCGGCAACUUCGGCUACGGAGACUAUUUUGAACACGUAGCCGCUGGCUACGCUCUUAGAACAGAACCAAACGUGCUCUUCUGUACCUACGAGGAACUCAAGAAUAAUACCCGUGAGGUGGCAUUGAAGUUGGCAUAUUUCUUGGGUGAGAAGUACGGCCGUGCCCUGGAGGAUGACGAGUCGCUACUCCAGAAGCUCUUAGAGAGAUCGCAUGCUGACAACAUGCGCAAGGUGGUAGUCCUUGACUUGACCGGCAAAGACAACCCGCAGUGGAAUGACAUGCUUUCCCGUAGGAGGAUCCCCAGCGGCGAAGCUCACACUCCAGAUAGGGACAAGUACGCGUUCGUAAGAAGUGGUAAAGUGGGAAGCUGGAAGGAUUACUUCACGCCCGACUUGCUGCGGAAGAUGGAGAACCGUAUUCUCGAAGUGGAGAAGAAGUCUUCCGUAAUGAACCUCUGGAAGGACAUCCGUGCCGAUGCUAUUAAACUCAUUCAGGAUACCGAAUAAACAAGUCAACUCGUU